CAUAUUGUUCUAUCAUUCCAAGAGAUUAUUAUAUUUCCGAAUUGAAAACAAUCGGAAAAUGGAUGGCACAAGGCUUUCUUAGCAACCAUUUGGCAGCAAGAUAUGAUGAUUUGAUUGCACUGGGUGAAGAGUACAAGAAGUCAUAUACAAAAUGGGUACAAGAGUAUAUUACCAAAUGCAUGACCUCGUCCAUGAAUUUGGCAAAUCCCUCGUAGAAAAUGAAUGUUUUACUUUGACGAUUAAAGAUACUAAUGCUCAAGACUUUGACCUUAAUAGAGCCCGUCAUUUAUCUCUAUCAUUAGAAGAGAAAAACACGAUUCCUUCUUUCCUUCACAAGGCAAAGAACUUGCGCAGUCUUAAAAUCUACAAAGGACAGAUUCCUAAAAUUUCUUCCGAGUUAUUUAGUCACUUAAUGUGUUUGAGGGCUUUAGAUUUGGAAGGUACUUACCUUGAAGAGCUUCCAAAUGAGAUAGAGAAGUUGAUACAUCUAAGGUACCUUAGUUUGUCCAAGACAAGGGUUAAAGAAUUACCAAAAACAGUGACUAGACUGUACAAUUUACAAAAUUUAGUCCUUUGUGGAUGUAAGAAUCUUUAUAAACUACCUGAAGGGAUUGGAAGAUUAGUCAAUUUGAUAGAACUUGAUCUGCAUGAAUGUCGCCAACUAAGCUACAUACCAGAAGGGAUUGGGAGGUUAAGCGGACUACGUGGUUUGUCUGACUUCAUUAUUGAUGGGGUGGAGAGAGGAGGAUGUAUGAUUGGAGAACUGAAAGAACUCAACUUGCUCAAAGGUUCACUAAGGAUAAUAGGUUUGGGGAGAGUGGAAAAUGGAAAUGAGGCUCAAUUGGCAUGCUUGAAGAAUAAGCAACACCUUCGUGCUCUGUAUUUCUAUUUCAAUCAAUAUACCGGUCUUUCACGAGUUGAUGAGGAAGCCAUUGAAGGACCUGAAGGAGAAGGCGAAGGAAAAGAAGAAGCCAUUGUUUCACGUGUUGAUCAGAGUGUCGUUAAUGAAGAAGAGGAAGGUAAAACAGAAGGAGAAGAAGAAGUAGUUGAUGGAGGAGAUAUGUUGUCGAGGAGGAGGAUGGAGGAUGUGCUGGAAAGUCUCCAACCACAUCAAAACCUUGAGAAACUAAUAAUCAGGGACUACCCUGGUGCUGUGUUCCCAAAUUGGAUGUGUAGUCAUGAAAACUUUACGAUUUCCUCCAAUCUGGUUUUCUUGGAACUCCAUGGGUGCAUGAAGUGUAAGCAAUUGCCUCCGACUCUGGGGAAACUACCAUCCCUUGAAACCCUUGUAAUAGGUGGAAUGGAUAAUGUCAAAUUCAUGGGAGUUGAGUUUUUUGGAAUCGAUUUUGCAACGAGGAGUGACGGUGGGUUUGACACAAUAUUCCCAAAAUUGAAAGUCUUCCAGUUGGCUUCAAUGCAUAAUUUGAAGGAUUGGGAUAUAAGACUAGUACAGAAUUUUCAAGAAGGGAAAGAGUUCAUCUUUAUGCCGUGUCUACAGUAUCUCUUUCUUUUGAAUUUGCCCAAGUUAAGGUCAUUUCCACAGCACCUAACCCAAGCUACAUCCUUGAGGAGAUUGUUCAUAUGGAACUGUCCAAAGUUGAGUUGGAUGCCAUCAUCUCAACCCUCCCAUCUUCCUUUUCUACAUGUUGAGGAGUUGAUCUUAAAAAUGGACGCAGGUUCAUUUUCAAAGUCAUUAGUACCAAACAACCACAUGUUUCUCCCUAACCUCGAGUUGUUACGGAUAAGACUGUCACCUUUCUCGUCGUUGCCUGAAGGCUUAGGGCAACUCACAUCGCUUCAGAUUCUAGAUAUUCGAACCUGUUAUAAGAUCAAGUCAAUACCUGAGGGGGAGUUGCAGCAUCUCACCGCACUACAACAGUUGAACAUCAUGAGGUGUCCUGCCUUGAGACGACGUUGCCAAAAGGAGAUGGGAGAAGAUUGGAGCAAAAUAUCUCACAUCCCAAACAUCUUCAUCGAUGGCAAGAAGAUCAAAUGAGGAGAAACUUCCACAACAAGAGGCAUUAAUGUUAAUGGAGGAGGAAGAAGCGGACAACAAACACAUCAUAUACUUGAAAGGGAUUUGAGGUUCUACAAAUCAGAGAACUCAGAUGCUUGAUACCCAAUGCUCAAGCUGAUGUUUGAUGAAAACAAAUGCGGCCUCUUUGUCACCACCAAGACCAGAGCCUAUUCAUUGUGCCCAAGCUUUGGUCCGCUUUGAUGGUUUCGCUGUUCUGCACAUCGUGGCGCCAAAUGUUAGAUACUUAAAAGGAAUUCGAGACCUCAAGUGUGAACUUGAGGAUAUUAGCAGACCUUCAACCAUGGAACUGACAUACCCUUUACUGGAGACCUGUUUCCAAUCACCAAAGGCGGCCUCAUCUCUGUCAUAUGUGGAACUCCAGUCGUGCUUCUUAUCAAUGGUUCUGAUCUUUUACUUCUUAGUACAUUUAAUCUCUUAAUUUUUCCCUUCAAUUCUGUUCGGUUUAGAAUUCAGGGUUGCAUCAAUGGUUCUAAUCUUUUGCAUGGCUGGGUCUGGUGGUGGAUCAAGGACAAUUUUCCAGAAUGGCUCUUUUUCCAUAAUAUCAAUUAUAUUGGGACUGAUCGACCCACAUGUACCCUCAACUUCUCCUAAGGAGGAUAUGCUUAGCAGAAAAGAAGGAUAAUUGCUAGCAAUGUUCCAGAAGAUGCUUAAUACCAAAGAGAGCUUAAGGAGGUCUAUAGGAAUGUCCCUGCAUACACGAUGCCAAUGCCAACAGACGUGGAACACAAUUGCCUGGAAGAGCGAAUAAUCACAGGCAUAGUGAAGGUUCUGAAGGAGUUAUGUGCAUUUCCUAGAUCGCAGACUUUUUAGAGAGAGCUAAAUUGAAGGUUUCUUCUUCCACGAUCGAGUUCAGGGGUUCAAUUUCUGAUGAGCUUAUUGUUGAUGCUCAAGGUUGUCUAAGGUUUCGGUUUGGUAGUAGACAGUUUUGUCUGCUGCUUUCUAAUCCCUCCCGCUGAUGGCAAUGCCGAAGGUGGGAGGGGUAGUAUAGCUUCUUUGUUUUGUCUGGUUUUGUCCAAUUGAUGUUUGUACUCUGUUUUUACAUUUUCUUUUCUUAAUACAAAUGAUCUUUUAACGAAAGAAAAAGAAAAACAAGCCGGGUAUCUACUAAAGUUGCUCAUGUAACAGCAAUUGUGGAUGAAACAGUACAUGGUGGGAUAGUGUGAUAGUGUC